CACUCCUCUCCUCAUCUGAGCAGCGGGGAGCCAGAGAGACAGAGAGCUACACAUCGCCUGGAUGCUCAUCUUCUGUCACCCUCCUUUUUCCCAGCACUUUCCUCUCUUCUUCACUCCCUUUUUGAUGUCCCGUCUUCACCUCCAGGACCACUUGUAAAUUUCUUCACCUUGGCAAAUGCAGAAAAAGAGAAAGUGAGGAGCUGGAUUUUUUUUGGGAGAGAUCACAUAUGCUCGCUGUCACGUUGUGAAGUCCUUCAGGGAAGUGUGCAGACAUCCAAAAGCUGCCACAGAGUCACUGAUAACUCACACACAGAGACUCGGUCUAAAUGCAUACUCCUACAGGUGCUGCGAGGGGAAGGAAGCAGGUGAAAAGUGGUUAAAAAAGGACGAAAGAGACACAUUUGGAGAAAUGAUGGAGCAGCAGGAGUUCAAGUUGGAUGACGGCAGAAAGCACAGGCCGUAGGUUGCCAACAUGGCCAUUCCCAGGGGACAUCCUCCUCCCUCCCCUUGGCCUCCUCUCCUCUUCCUCCUCCUCUUCCUCCUCCUGCUCAUCUCCUCCCCGCUGCCUCUGCAGGCCCGACCGCUCCUCCUCCACCCGUCCAUCAACGUGGCGGUGGUGUUCAGCGGUUCCAGCUACCGGAAUGAGGUCCGAGGUCGUCUCAGCGGGGAAAACUUUGUCGACCUGCCCAUAGUGGUCAGCCCGGUGACCGUGCUAGUAAAUGACACCAACCCCCGUGACCUGCUUACACACCUCUGUGAUACCAUGGCAACAGAGAAGCUGCAUGGCGUGGUGUUUGAGGAUGAUGUGGGCUCCGGCGCUGGUGCACAGGUGGCAGAAGUGGCACAGAUUCUGGACUUCCUCUCCACUCAGACAGCGCUGCCCAUCGUAGGCAUCAGUGGCGGCUCUGCAGUUGUCAUACCAUUCAAGGCUGAAGGAUCGUCCUUCCUACAGAUGGGAGCAUCUCUAGAGCAGCAGGUCAUUUGCAUGUUCAAGCUCAUGGAGGAGUACGAUUGGGGCGAGUUUGCAGUGAUCACCAGUUUGCUUCCAGGCUACGACACUUUUGUGGAUAUCGUUGAGUCCUACACAGAUACCUCAUAUUUCAUGUGGAAUUUUCAGGAUGUUUUGUCUCUGGAAAUGUCAGUUGGGGCGAAUGACGUAAAAACAAGGAGGUUGCUGCAGCAGGUGGACUCUCAGGUGCUUUUGGCGUAUUGUUCCUACGAAGAGGCCCAGUACUUGUUCCGUCAGGCAGCCGAAGUUGGUCUGCUGGGUCCGGGCUACAUCUGGAUCCUCCCCAGCUUGGCCGUGGGCAACCCUGACAGCCCUCCACCUGCCAGCUUCCCUGUUGGUGUUAUCGGAGUCAUCACGGACCAGUGGAGGAAGAGUUUGCGGCAGAGGGUGAGGGAGGGUGUUGCCAUUGUUGCUAAAGCAGCUGAGAGCUUCAAGAAGCAGUAUGGAUUUAUUCCUGAGGGACAUGGGGACUGCAACAAACCGUCUAAACACUCUGACAACAUCACUCUUUUCAGGCACAUGCUGAAUGUGACAUGGGAGAGACGAGAUCUGUCAUUCAACAACCAGGGCUUCCUGUCCAACCCAUCCAUGAUCAUCGUUGCUUUAGACCGGGAGAGACUCUGGGACAAGGUUGGUACCUAUGCUCGAGGGAUCCUCCAGGUUCGUUACCCGGUCUGGCCCCGCUAUGGCAACUUCUUAGAACAAGUAUCAGAUGACCGUCACCUGACCGUGGCCACGCUGGAGGAGCAUCCGUUCGUCAUGGUGGAGAAUGUGGAUCCGGGCACCGGCACGUGUGUGCGAAACACUGUGCCAUGCAGACGGCAGUCCAAUCAGACGGAGAGCAUCAUUGGCCACUCAGAGUCCUACACCAAACUCUGCUGCAAAGGCUUCUGCAUUGACAUCCUGAAGAAGCUUUCCCGCACCAUCAAGUUCUCCUACGACCUCUACCUGGUCACCAACGGGAAACAUGGAAAGCUGGUUGGGGGGAGGUGGAAUGGCAUGAUCGGGGAGGUUGUGUAUAGACGAGCCGAUAUGGCCAUCGGCUCUCUCACUAUCAAUGAGGAGCGCUCAGAAAUCAUCGACUUCUCUGUGCCGUUUGUAGAGACAGGCAUCAGCGUCAUGGUUGCCCGCAGCAAUGGGACUGUUUCCCCAUCUGCCUUUCUUGAGCCCUACAGCCCAGCAGUGUGGGUCAUGAUGUUUGUGAUGUGCCUGACUGUGGUGGCGGUGACAGUGUUUGUGUUUGAGUACUUCAGUCCAGUCGGCUACAACCGCAGCCUGGUCAGCGCUAAAUCUCCUGGUGGGCCCACGUUCACCAUCGGGAAGUCAGUGUGGCUGCUGUGGGGCAUCGUCUUCAACAACUCAGUCCCCAUUGAAAACCCAAAGGGGACGACUAGUAAGAUCAUGGUUCUUAUCUGGGCUUUCUUCGCUGUCAUCUUUCUGGCUUCUUACACUGCAAACCUGGCCGCCUUCAUGAUCCAGGAGCAAUACAUCGACACGGUGUCAGGGCUCUCUGACAAGAAGUUCCAGAAACCCCACGAGCAUUACCCCCCUUUCCGCUUUGGGACGGUCCCAAAUGGGAGCACAGAGAGGAACAUCCGCAGCAACUACCCGGACAUGCAUACACACAUGAUGAAAUACAACCAGAAGGGGGUGGAAGAAGCGCUAGAAAGCCUCAAACUCGGGAAGCUGGAUGCCUUCAUCUAUGAUGCUGCCGUUUUGAACUACAUGGCCGGGAAGGACGAGGGAUGCAAGCUGGUGACCAUCGGCAGCGGGAAAGUGUUUGCUACUACAGGAUAUGGCAUCGCUCUGCAGAAAGACUCCCGCUGGAAACGCCUCAUAGACCUCGCUCUGCUGCAAUUCCUUGGAGACGGGGACACCCAGCGGUUGGAGACAGUGUGGCUGUCGGGGAUCUGCCAGAAUGAGAAAAACGAAGUGAUGAGCAGUAAGCUGGAUAUUGACAACAUGGCGGGUGUCUUCUACAUGCUGCUGGUGGCGAUGGGCCUCAGCCUGCUGGUCUUUGCCUGGGAGCAUCUGCUGUACUGGAAGCUACGCCACUACGCCCACAAGUCCCACAAACUCGACUUCAUGUUGGCCAUCAGCAGGGGUAUUUACAGUUGCUUUAACGGAGUAGAAGACACUGGACAUAAAACUAAUUUAGCAAAACCUGAUCUGACCUCAAACUACGCUCAAGCCAACAUGCUUAAGAUGCUUCGCACUGCCAAGGACUUAGUCUCCACCGCCAAUGUCGAAAGCUCUCUGGACAAUGCUACCAAGACCAUAGAGCAGCUGAGUCGACACGGUGGCAGUUUACCUGUUCGGGUUCCGCAAGUAGAAACUGUUCCUGGAGGAUUCGCAUACAUCACAGAGAAUCACUGCACCCUCCCCCAGCGCUCCCUCACCCCUCCUCUGACUGCUGUUAAUUCUUUGAAACUGCAGCGAGGGAUGACCAGGCCAACACCACUGCGCUACACGCUACCAACUCACUCCUCCUCAUGUCUGUAUGAUCGGCAGCUUCCCGUGUCCAGUCUGAGCAGUCCUCACCUCGCUGUAAGUGAACCGCUUCCACAUCAGCACCCACAUAACUACCAGACCACCGGGAGGCUCUAUGUGGACACUCACUCGCCCUUCAUCCCUUACACUGACCUACAACUCCCUGACAUCUACCCAUCUCACCAAGUCUCCUCACCUCAGAACCCAAACGUCCAGGCAGGAUUCUCCAGGCGGAAAAGGAGGUCCAAGAGUUUCCAGUAUGAUGAGGGGGAUCCAGAGAGGAGGUCACAAAGAGAGCAGGACAAGAGUGACAGAAGCCCAGUCUUUCUGAGUGAGCUCAAAGCCAAUAAUCUCCAAGAAAACCACAUCUCCGCUCCAAGCGUUGAGAGCAUUUACCCUGGAGAUGGGGUGAGUCCUCGGGUAGAGAACUACGGUUCGUGGCCUCCUGAGGAUCUUGUGCUGCGAGGGAGACGCAGGCACCGCCGCCCCUCUUUUCUUAAAGCUACCUGGGGCAGCGAGCAGAUGCGCCAGCUCGAUGAAUCCCAGUCAUCCUUGUCUAGCCAGUCACCAUCCACCCUGCCAGACCUGUUCCCAUGCAUAGUUACACCAACCACAGCUACAAAGCCCUACAACCCAGCCCACCUCCGAAACAACCUGUGCCUCCCACGGAACCAGGCCUACCUCCACAUACGGGAGGACCAGAGGAGGCCCAAUGGGCGUAAGGGCCAGAGGCUGCGCUACUCCCACUCCACUCACCUCCCCACAUAUGGAGAAGCAGUGCGACAGGGGACUGGGUUGGGACGGGGGAUGGUACGUAGAGCCACAAGCUUGCUCAGCAGACAGUAUGCCCACUACCUGAACUCAUACCCUGGACUACCCUUCUACCACGGUCCCUUGGACCUGCAGCACCACAGUCAGGCCUCCAACAACCCAGUGUGCCAGCUGCUGGCCUGUGGUGGAGGGGGAUGUGGAAGUCAGCGGGCUUUGUUGUACCAGGACAGUGUUUAUGGGGCCUAUGGGGUCUAUCAGGGAUCCCAGACUGGAUCAGAGGCCCAGGCAGGUCAGGGAGCAGGGGUACAGCCAACAGGGAGCCCUUGUGUACUCCGUCCCUGGCGACGGGUGUCCAGCCUUGAGUCUGAGGUCUGACAGAAGCCAAAAGGACCUUGUAGGACAAAUACUGUGGUGUAAACAGAAAGAAGACUGACAGGGAUUCGUGGUUAAGUUAAGGAUAAGUUAUGACUUGAAGUGUUUGUGGAUUUUCUAUGUGACUUUGUGCGGUAAAGAUAAGAGGUUUUGGUCCGCCAACUUAGGACUUAUUUGAUGUACACUACAGCAAGAAAUUGAGACUGCACUGUUAUCCUCUGUUAAGCUGUGGAAAGCUGGAGUUGGCAGGUUUUACUCACUUGCUACUUUCCUACGACAACGCUUGUCUGUUUUCUGUGCUAUAAUUCUGCACAACGGUUUACAGCAGUCCACGGUGUUGCCACAUGGUUAAACUAUAACCAGGGUUUUCAUGCUGUGUUUGUCGUGUAUAUUUAAUUGUGGAUGGUCGGGAUUCAGUCUUGAGUGUCGUUGAAAAUGUUUACAGCUUGGGAGAAACAGUGAAGGAAUAUGGGAUUGUUUCCUUAAAUACAGCCACCAAAAAUAAGUAGCAACUGUAGCAAGAUUUGUAAAGACAGCUGUGACGUACACGUGAAGAGUUUAAUUCCAAAAUAAGGUAUUUAAUAUUGAAACACUUUGUCCCCAGACACAGAAGAGCAGCAGUUUUUUAGGAUGAAAUAAUCAUCUUGCGACAUCUGUUAAUGAUUUUCAGGUAUUUGCUUUAAAGAUUUACAAUGUUUUGGAGCUAAACCCUUCCAGUCUUGGUGAUUUAGUGAUGAGGAAGUAGAGACUUUCUGAAAGGAGUCCAUAUGAACACAAUCUGCAAAAUGAUGAAAGUAUUUGAACAGCACUGUCCAGCACAAGGUGUCUUAAUUCAUGGAUUCCUCCCCUGGUCUCAGUAUGAGGCCACAGUACAGCACAAACAUCACGCAGGGCCUCUCAUUAAAUCAAUUCUGCAUCUUAAUACUAUAUCAAUAUAAAGAAAAUGUGUUAUUUCAGGCUGGUUAGUGUCAUAUUCAUGUAUUCUGCAUAUGAUAGGAAUUUAUAGUCACUCUUAAAAUUUUCUAAUCACACUUCUGGCACAAUUUUUUUUUCUGUUAAGCUGUUGCGGAUUUAUUGAAAUAUGUGUUAUUACUCUAUAAACUCAGAAAGAUUGGCCUAUAUUCAGUUGGCCUAUUUAAAAUUUUCAUCACUUUCUCUUUUCCACUCUUUUAUAUUCCCUCCCCAUUCCUUCUAACUGUUAAAUGAUCAAAACUAAAUGAGGUAAUUGAAAGCUAUUCUAGUAUCUAUAUGACCUGACUCCCUCACCCUGUAAUGAAUCACUUAGA